AGAGAGCUAGCUGCUUAGAGGGAGGGAAAGGGAGCUGGAGCGGGAGCUCGAGGGGAGGCAGGCGGGCCGCCGGGCUUGGCAGGCGGACUUUGAGUGCAGGAACCGAGCCUUAGGCCCCUCACCGGCAGGACCGCGAUGUCCCUGGCCUCUCCCGCAGAGGCUAAGGCUGGGCCUGGGGUCGCCGCAGGGGCGAGAGGGGCCGCCCAGGAUGGAACUCCUGCCUUUUGUAGCCGCGGAAACUUGAUCUUCGACUGAUAAACCUCUGCUCACGUCUCCGCACCCUCCUCCACAGCCGCCGCACGCUGCGGGUGCAGGACCCAGGCUCUCGGACCGUGGCCACUGCGCGCCCUCGGAGUGGGAGUGCAGGGGGGGUUGGCCGCGGCGUCCCGAGGCCAGCCCCCCCGGAGUGACUAGCACCAACCAUGGCGGACGGGUCACCUCGACCCCCACUUUAUCGCAGCGUCUCGUUUAAACUGCUGGAGCGCUGGAGCGGCGGACCGGGGCCGAGGGAGGAGGACGCGGACACCCCUGGGUUGCGGCGCCGAGCUUCGUGCCGGCCAGCCGCGGCAGUCCCGGGCCAGCCCUCCCGGCGCGUGUCCAAGCUGGCGUCGGGGCCCCCGGCCGCCCCCGCGCAGCCGCGCCCGCUCCGCAGCCUCUCGCCAUCGGUGCGCCAGCUCUCCCGGCGCUUCGACGCGGCGGGUCUGGACGACGACUCCACUGGUACCCGGGACGGGGGCUGCUCCUCCGGCACCACAGAAGAAGCUGCGGAAGGCUCUGAACGUGGGGCCUGGCCCAGCGUCACAGAGAUGCGCAAACUCUUCGGCGGUCCGAGCUCCAGACGACCCAGUAUGGACUCUGAGGCCCUGGGGUCGACCAGCCCCGACAGAGUUUCGUGGGAGCCCCCAACUCGCGAUCCCCGGCAACCUCCGACGCCACCUCCUCGAACGUGCUUUCCUCUGGCUGGCCUGCGUUCUGCGCGGCCGCUGUCCGGGCCCGGGAUCGAGGGGAGGCGACGUCGGCAGCACCAGCAACAGGAGCGGGCGCAGCGUCCGGCGGAUGGUUUACAUUCUUGGCAUAGCUUCUCCCAACCGCAGGCCGGGGCCCGGGCCUCCUCCUCCUCCUCCAUUGCCUCCUCCUAUCCUGUCAGCCGCAGCCGGGCUGCUAGUUCCAGCGAGGAGGAAGAGGAGGGACCGCAGUCGCAGCUUGGGCCUCAGAGUCCGGCCUACCUCGGCGGCCACUCUUCGGGCAGUGACGAGGACCCAAAUGGUGAGGAUGGCCGUCGCUGGAGAGGGAGAGGUCUCCGGCCUGGACGCUCUCAGUUGGUUCACGGCUGCAGCCAGGACAGUGACGAGCUAAAUCCGGGAGGCUUGGGAUCAGCGGGGGGUGUCGGGAGCCCCGAACCUCCGACGUCUCCAAGAACCUCAAUGGAUGAGUGGGGUACUGGUACACAGCCAUGCCUCCCAGGUCCCCAAGAGAGCUUAAGGCCUAUGUCCGACACUGGGGGUGCACCUUUCCGUGUGGCUAAGGUGAGCUUUCCUGCGUACCUGGCCAGCCCAGCUGGCUCCCGAGGAAGUAGUCGCUAUUCCAGCACAGAGACCCUCAAAGAUGACGACCUAUGGUCAAGCCGUAGUUCUGUGGGCUGGGGUGUAUAUCGAUCCCCAAGUUUUGGAACUGGAGAUGGGCUUCUUCUGCGGCCCCAGACGAGGUCCCGCAGUAAGGGACCUGUAGGCACUGCCAGGCCGCUGAGGGAUGGAGGACUGGACCUAGAUAAGAACCGACAACGAAAGUCCCUAUCGAAUCCAGAUAUCGCCUCUGAAACCCUGACGCUGCUCAGUUUCCUUCGUUCAGACCUUUCAGAACUGAGGGUCCGAAAGCCCAGUGGGGGCCCUGGGAACAGGCCCCUAGAUGGCAGAGACUCACCAUCAGCAGGUAGCCCAAUGGAACAAUCGGAGUCCACACUGUCUCAAAGUCCAACGUCACCCACCACCCGGCCCACCCUCAAGGACCUGACAGCUACCCUACGCAGAGCAAAGUCAUUCAGCUGUUCGGAAAAGCCCAUGGCCCGGCGCCUGCUCCGCACCAGUGCCUUGAAGCCUAGCUCCUCAGAGCUCCUACUGGCAGGUUCUGGGGCAGAGGAAGACCCAUUGCCACUCGUGGUCCAGGAUCAGUAUGUACAGGAAGCCCGUCAGGUUUUUGAGAAGAUACAGCGAAUGGGUGCACAGCAGGACGAUGGAAAUGAUGUCUGCCCUACAAGUCCUGACUGGGCAGGGGAUAUGACCCAAGGGCAUCGGUCUCAGGAGGAGCUCUCUGGCCCUGAGUCCAACCUGACGGAUGAGGGCAUUGGAGCAGACCCUGAACCUCUUGGUGCUGCCUUUUGCAGCUUAGAUCCUGCAGGAGUGUGGCGACCCCUUUCCUCUACUUCAGCGCAGACAAACCACCACCUUGGGGCCGGGACAGAAGACAGCCUGGGUGGGAGGGCCCUUGUGUCUCCUGAGACCCCUCCAACUCCAGGUGCCCUCCGCAGGAGACGAAAAGUGCCACCUUCAGGCCCUAAUGGAACUGAACUAAGUAAUGGGGAGGCUAGUGAGGCCUACAGGUCCCUGAGUGACCCUAUUCCACAGCGUCAUCGGGCUGCCACCUCUGAGGAGCCCUCAGGGUUCUCUGUGGACAGCAAUCUUCUGGGCUCGCUGAACUCUAAGACAGGGCUUCCAGUGACCCCAGCUAUGGAUGAGGGCCUGACCAGCGGCCACAGUGACUGGUCUGUGGUUAGCGAAGAGAACAAGGACUAUCAGGAAGUCAUUCAGAGUAUCGUUCAGGGGCCUGGUGCCUUGGGGCGUAUGGGAGAAGACAGGAUUGCUGGCAAGACCCCCAAGAAGAAAUCUCUGAGUGACCCUAGUCGCCGUGGGGAGUUGACUGGGCCUGGAUUUGAGGGCCCAGGAGGGGAGCCCAUUCGAGAAGUGGAGCCCAUGCUGCCUCCGUCCAGCAGUGAACCUAUCCUUGCAGAGCAGUGGACAGAGCCGGAAGACCCUGCUCCUGCCAGGGGCAGGGCACAGUCAGAGAGGUCCCUACCUGCCCCACCUGCCUCCUCCACUGCCCACCAUGACUUCCAUCUUGACCCCAAGCUGACCAGUGUUCUCUCCCCUCGGCUCACCCGUCGAGGCUCCAAGAAGCGCCCAGCCCGGAGCAGUCACCAGGAGCUUCGGAGAGAGGAGGGCAACCAGGACCAGACUGGUAGCUUGACACAAACUCGGUCUUCCUCCAAACAUGUUCGCCACGCCAGUGUGCCUGCCACCUUUACACCUAUUGUGGUACCCGAGCCUGCGAUGUCUGUGGGACCCCCCGUGGCUGCGCCAGAGCCUGUGGGCUUUCCUGUUAGAGGCCAUCCCGCCUUGCAGGCACCAUCACUUGAGGAUGUGACUAAACGGUACAUGCUGACCCUUCACUCUGGUGACGUUCCUGCCCCAGGUCCUGUGGACCUACCCUGCUUGCCUCCUUCUGCACCGCCCUCCACUGAGACCAAGCCCUCUGGGGCUGCCAGGGCAACUCCAGAUGAGCCAGCCCCAGCGAGCAAGUGCUGUAGCAAGCCACAAGUGGACAUGAGGAAGCACGUGACCAUGACCCUGCUGGACACAGAGCAGUCGUAUGUGGAGUCACUGCGCACCCUGAUGCAGGGCUACAUGCAGCCACUGAAGCAGCCGGAGAACUCCUUGCUGUGCGACCCGUCUCUGGUGGACGAGAUCUUCGACCAGAUCCCCGAGCUCCUGGAGCACCAUGAGCAGUUCCUGGAGCAGGUGCGGCACUGCGUGCAAACGUGGCACGCCCAGCAGAAGGUGGGAGCCCUGCUCGUCCAGUCGUUUUCCAAAGACGUCUUGGUGAACAUCUAUUCGGCCUAUAUUGAUAACUUCCUCAAUGCAAAGGAUGCUGUGCGUGUAGCUAAGGAGGCCAGGCCAGCCUUUCUCAAGUUCUUGGAGCAAAGCAUGCGUGAGAACAAGGAAAAGCAGGCGCUGUCCGACCUCAUGAUCAAGCCUGUGCAGAGAAUCCCACGCUAUGAGCUUCUGGUGAAGGACCUUCUGAAGCACACACCGGAAGACCAUCCAGACCACCCACUGCUGCUCGAUGCUCAGCGCAACAUCAAGCAGGUGGCUGAGCGCAUCAACAAGGGUGUGCGGAGCGCUGAGGAGGCCGAGCGGCAUGCCCGCGUGCUUCAGGAGAUCGAAGCCCACAUCGAGGGCAUGGAGGAUCUCCAGGCCCCCCUGCGGCGGUUCCUGAGGCAGGAGAUGGUUAUUGAAGUGAAGGCAAUUGGAGGCAAGAAGGACCGAUCCCUCUUCCUGUUCACAGACCUCAUUGUCUGUACCACCCUGAAACGAAAGUCGGGCUCGCUGAGGCGCAGCUCCAUGAGCCUGUACACAGCAGCCAGCGUCAUUGAUACAGCCAGCAAAUACAAGAUGCUGUGGAAGCUGCCACUGGAAGACACAGACAUCAUCAAGGGGGCGUCUCAAGCCACCAAUCGGGAGACCAUCCAAAAAGCCAUCAGCCGCCUGGAUGAGGACCUGGCCACCCUGGGCCAAAUGAGCAAGCUCUCCGAGAGCCUCGGCUUCCCCCACCAGAGUCUAGACGAUGCACUGAGGGAUCUCUCGGCCGCCAUGCACCGGGACCUGUCAGAAAAGCAGGCGCUAUGCUGCUCCCUGGCCUUCCCGCCCACCAAGCUGGAGCUGUGCGCCACCCGGCCCGAGGGCACCGACUCCUACAUCUUUGAGUUUCCCCACCCGGAUGCCCGCCUGGGCUUUGAGCAGGCCUUUGAUGAGGCCAAGAGGAAGCUGGCAUCCAGUAAAAGCUGUCUAGACCCUGAGUUCCUGAAGGCCAUCCCUAUCAUGAAGACUCGCAGUGGCAUGCAGUUUUCGUGUGCUGCCCCCACCUUCAGCAGCUGCCCAGAGCCGGCGCCAGAGGUCUGGGUGUGCAACAGUGAUGGCUACGUAGGUCAGGUGUGCCUGCUAAGCUUGAGGGCGGAACCAGAUGUGGAGGCCUGCAUCGCUGUUUGUUCUGCCCGCAUUCUCUGUAUCGGAGCGGUGCCAGGCCUGCAACCACGCUGCCCGCGAGAGCAGCCAGAGCCCUUGAGAAACCCCCCAGAGACCACACUGGAAUCCACUGGGCCAGAGCUAGAUGUUGAGGCCACAGCUGAGGAGGAGGCAGCGACGACGCUGGCUGAGCCAGGGCCUCAGCCUUGCCUGCACAUUUCCAUCUCAGGAUCGGGCCUGGAGAUGGAGCCAGGCCCUGCUAAGGGUGACCCCCAGCCCGAGUUGGUGCCCUUUGACAGCGACUCUGACGACGAAUCUUCACCCAGCCCCUCCGGGACUCUACAGAGCCAAGCCAGCCAAUCUACCAUUUCCUCCAGCUUUGGAAAUGAAGAGACCCCAAGCUCCAAGGAAGCCACUGCAGAGACGACCAGCUCUGAGGAAGAGCAAGAGCCUGGCUUCCUGUCACUCUCUGGCUCCUUUGGGCCAGGUGGUCCCUGUGGCACCAGCCCGAUGGAUGGAAGAGCCCUUCGCCGCUCCAGCCGUGGCUCUUUCACAAGGGGCAGCCUUGAGGACCUGUUGAGUGUGGACCCUGAGGCCUACCAGAGUUCCGUGUGGCUGGGCACCGAGGAUGGCUGUGUCCACGUCUACCAGUCCUCUGAUAGCAUCCGUGAUCGCAGGAACAGCAUGAAGCUCCAGCACGCUGCCUCCGUGACCUGCAUCCUGUAUCUGAAUAACAAGGUGUUCGUGUCUUUGGCCAAUGGAGAACUUGUAGUCUACCAAAGGGAAGCAGGGCGUUUCUGGGAUCCCCAGAACUUCAAAUCGAUGACCCUGGGUUCUCAGGGGAGCCCCAUUACCAAGAUGGUGUCUGUGGGUGGACGACUGUGGUGUGGCUGCCAGAACCGGGUCCUUGUCCUGAGCCCUGACACAUUGCAGCUGGAGCACACAUUCUACGUGGGGCAGGAUUCCAGCCGAAGUGUGGCUUGCAUGGUGGACUCCAGCCUGGGUGUGUGGGUGACCUUGAAAGGUAGUGCCCAUGUAUGUCUCUAUCAUCCGGACACCUUUGAGCAACUGGCGGAGGUAGAUGUCACCCCUCCUGUGCACAGGAUGCUGGCAGGCUCAGACGCCAUCAUCCGGCAGCACAAGGCAGCCUGCCUGAGGAUCACGGCGCUGCUGGUGUGUGCGGAGCUGCUGUGGGUGGGCACUAGUGCCGGGGUCGUGCUGACUAUACCCACCUCUCCAAGCACCGUCAGCUGCCCGCGAGCACCUCUCAGCCCAGCUGGCCUGUGCCAGGGCCACACUGGCCAUGUCCGCUUCCUGGCUGCAGUCCAGCUGCCUGAAGGCUUCAACCUUCUAUGUUCAACCCCACCGCCUCCCCCAGACACAGGCCCUGAGAAGCUGCCUUCCCUGGAUCACCGGGACUCCCCUCGGCGCCGAGGCCCCACCUCAGCCAGGCCUAAAAUGCUGGUCAUCAGUGGUGGUGAUGGCUCUGAGGACUUCCGACUCAGCAGCGGGGGUGGCGGCAGCAGCGAGACCGUGGGCCGAGAUGACAGCACAAACCACCUACUCCUGUGGAGGGUGUGAGCCUGCCCUCUGUGGCCCAGGACUCACCUGUCCACCUGCCCUCAGCCUGCCUGUCUCCUCCCAGGCCACAUGCAGACCUUGAGCAGAGUGUCCAAGCAGGGGCAUACCAUUCGGACUCUGUCUCAUCCUUGUGGAAGCAUCCCUGGUAGAAGGCCACCAGCGAGGCCGAGCAAGGCCUCUGGUACCCACUGACUACCCUAGAGCUCCCCUUUGGGAGCAGGGUGGAGAUGUGGGGGCUGCCCAGGAACUGUCCCUGAAGCUUCUACCAAAGACACAGCCAGGCCUGGACCCCACAGGGCUGGGGAGGCCGUGUGCAAUAUGUGGAGAGCUCUCUGGGGCAGUGCGAAGGCUAAGGGGCGGCAACCCUUUUCUAUGUACAGUAUUUAUGUUACUUUCUAGAUGAAUACUUUCCAAAGCACUUAUUUAUGCAGUGACCUGGGGCAGGACGUGAUGUGAGGAAAAGACAGGAGGAAAAAAGCCUGUUCCUGCCUGAGAGGCCACCCUGGAGCCCUAACCAAGUUGUCCUGGAAGGACCAAUGCCCAUGUGUUACACACACGCACGCACACAUACACACACACCACACUCACACUCACUCUGCAUGUUCAGGGCACUAAGACACUGUCCCUUAACCAAGCUCCAGCCCUCCCUGAUGGCGCUGCCAUCCCAAUUCUGAAGCAAAGCCUGCUCGAUCCGCUCACUGGGGAGCUUCCAGGGGUUAGCAUUUCCAAGGUGACGCCUGAGGUUCCCCAGUGUGGGAACAGUGGUAGGUCUGGGACCGGGCUUUCUCAGGUAAGAGAAAAGGGCCUUCAGUCCUCACAGCUGGCUCAAGCCCCAGCCUCUGCCUCCCCAUGUCUCAUGCACUGGCACAAUGGUCACCUUGUGGGGACCUAUGAGUCCCCUUUCUCUGACCACUGAAUCGAGUCCCUCUCUGUAAACACCCACGCUGCCAAGGGCAGCCCCUUCAGGAAGGACACCCCACCCCCACCCCCCAGAGUUGAGGGGCUAGACAUAACCUUUUUAACUGAGAAGGCCGUCGUCCCUCACCGCCAGGCUGCAGGGAGCCACCCCGACCCUCAGCCCCUUGCUUCAGCUACAACUCCAAAGGUCUGGUUUCAGAUAGGGUUUGUUUGUUCUGUUUGAUUUUGUUUUUCUUUGGGGUGGGUGGGUCAUUGUGGUCUUAGAUGAUGUUUCUCUUGCUACCAAACAGCCUUGUGUUAACUCUCCUCAGAUGAUGAAAUUUAAAGAGUCAAUAAAUAGAAACACUAAAUGAUGGCUCCCCCGGGCCUUGGGCCAUCAUGGCCUCCUGCCAGCUGUCUCCCUAAGGACGAGGGCUCCCUGACUCUGCCUCAAUUGGGUCAAAGGGAGGAGAUAAGGAAGUCCUGGGUGAUGGGGUUGACACUGAACCUGUGUUGUCACGGGCAGACUGCGGCUGUCUGGGCUUCAGUCUCCUUAGAAGAACCCAGGAGUUCUGAAUGUUAGAAUUCCUUACAGCUCAUAUGCGUAUCAAUGGUGUGUCAGUCUAGCCCUCCCGAGUCCAGCUAGGUUUGGGUUUGGGUGUCUGACCCAGGGCUAGAGUUCCUGUCUAAGGCGCCUGUGGAGCAGAACUACCACACAAGUCGGGCUGAUUCUGGUCCAAAGAGAUGUGUCAUUACACAAGACUGCAAAGGAUUUAAGUGCCCAGCAACAUGGGGCUGCUCUCUAGGGGCCAAGAGCCCCCCACACACACACCAUGGUGUCUUCCCCAUGGGACUAAGUGGCCCUCACAGCAGAGGUCAGGUUAUGCCGAAUCUCUGCUUAGGUCAGCCCAAAUGACUCACUUCAAAAUUCACUUUCCUGGACUGGGGCAAUAAUAGUUUAGUGGUUAAGAGCACGGACUGCUCUUCGAGAGGACCCAGGUUCAGUCCCCAGCAGCUCACAGCCAUCUAUAACUCCAAUCCCAAGGGAAUCAAAUGCCCUUGUCUGGCCUCCAGGGAUACGGCAUGCAUGUGGCCACAAACCUCCAUGCAGGCAAAAGACCCAUACUCACAAAAUAAUAUAUUUUCAAUAAAAGAAAGUCUGUUUUUGCACUGAACAGAUAGUUCAGUUGACAGACUGUAUGCUUGGCAUGUGGGAAAACUGAAGCAGGGUAUUCUUGAGUUCAAAACCAGCUUAGAGAAGUUAUGAUGAUAUGUGCCUAUAAUCUUAGCGCUUGAGUCACUGGCCAGUGGGUCUCUGUGAAUUCACACCCAGCCUGGUCUACCAAGCAUGUUCUAGGUCAGCCAGUGCUGCAUGGUGAGACCCCUUCCCCAUUUCAAAACAAAAUGGUUCUACAUGGCAAGACACACACACAAAGGGAGAAAGUGUUGGUGUGUGCUUUUAUUAACUCGCGUGCAUCCCUCAGGGGUCUGCUGGGUCUUCAACACCACAGGACGUGUACAGGACAUCUUGCUAGCAGCAUUUUCGUGAGGAGACGGUUGUGCCUGUGUGGAAUUCAGGAUGAAAUGGAAGGAACACAGGCUUUGCAUGGAACGGCUUCUCUUUGGAAUCUUGUCUGAUAGCAGCCAUGUGACCAGGCCAAGUUAUUUCCUUCUCAGUAAUGGGGUCUGAUAACCUCUUUUCCCCUACAGGAUGGUUGGCUAGUGCAUGUAGUUCUUGAAAUGCAAAGAGGUCCAUUUCUGGCCCUUAAAUCUAAAGGGUGCCUGCGUCUGGAGACCUGAGCUGGCGGUCAGAGCCCAGUGAUCUACAUGUUGAAGGCCCACCUCAGGCUCCUCCCCGCUGCCACUAGUCCAGUUAUUUGCAUUUCUGACAGUGGCUGCCACCUUUAGUGCUUCAGUCAUUUCUGCUACUCCAGGAUUUCUGCCUCAACAGAGGCCCAAAGCAGACUUCACUUUCAGGACUAGAUACAUAGGGCUGGGUCUGCGCCAUCCUCACCGGGAAUAUGGCUGGCACAUAGCACAACCACUUAGAAGACAGCCUGCCAGGGCAUGGGCUGGCCUGAGGACAGGUGUCCAUCUGGAUCAGGCACUCAGCAUGAGUAGGGCGGUCCUGAAGGAACAGGCCUCAGGCUCAUCCCCAAGGGAGUCUCCUGGAAAAAUUACAACCUGGGCUGUUCAUUAUUAGUUCUCCAGGGGCACAGGCCCACCGAAGGCCAAUUAAAUUAAAACCUUAGCUAGGACCCAGGUACCAGUAUGUUUAUUGGGAGCCACUGAUACAUAGCACUUAUAUGAGGAAGUACACAGUGUACAGCUCAGUAUAGAACGGCCAAGAGGCAUCCAUCACCCCAACAGCUCUCCUUAUACUCGUGGCCACCCAGGCUUGAGACACUGGGGUGUGGUCUUCCCAGACAGCAUAGAGAACUGCCUUAAAGGGCAUGAUUGUGGGUGAGAGGAAGCAGGACCAAGGUUUGGUGUGAAGCAGGAUUAUGCAAGGAGGGGUGUAACAUGCAGGGGACGGGAUAUAAGAUGCAAGGAGGGCCAUAAGAGCCUGAUGUGAACGGUCUGUUGUACAGACAGAAUGAGAGAAGGCUGAAGGAGCUUGGAUGGAUGCUCUGAGGGCAGGGUGUGUUCUCAGCUUCAUCCCUAAGCCUACUUGCUGUAGCAAGCAUCAAUAAGUGCUCAAUAAAUGUUGAAUUCAUGUUUAAUGAAAUAAACAUUGGAGAAUCCAGGUGAGACACA